AUGAAAUUCGGCAAAGAGUUCAAAACCCAUCUGGAAGAAACAAUCCCUGAAUGGAGAGACAAAUUUCUAUGCUACAAACCAUUGAAGAAGCUUCUCAAACAUCACUUGCCUUCCACCACCACCACCACCACCACACCCAUCAAUCUUCAUCUUCACUUUCUUCAACAACCCUUUUCUCCUAACAUCUUGCAGGCCUGGUUUCUUCGGAUUCUCAAUCAAGAGCUUGAAAAGUUUAAUGAUUUCUACGUUGACAAAGAGGAAGACUUUGUUAUCCGAUUUCAGGAGCUGAAAGAGAGAAUUGAGCGUCUUAAAGAAAAAAGCAGCAAGAGUGUAAAGUACACUUCUGAUUGUGAAUUUAGUGAAGAAAUGAUGGACAUUAGGAAGGACUUGGUUACCAUCCAUGGAGAGAUGGUGCUCCUAAAAAACUAUAGCUCCUUAAACUUUGCAGGACUAAUUAAAAUUUUGAAAAAGUAUGAUAAAAGAACUGGCGGUUUGCUGCGUCUUCCUUUUACACAAAUUGUUCUCCGACAACCUUUUUUCACUACCGAGCCUCUGACAAGGCUAGUUCACGAAUGCGAGGAAAAUCUCGAACUACUCUUUCCCUUACAAGAAGAAGUAAUUCAAUCAACUUCUCAUCCAGCGGGAGAUAAUACAACGAAUACCUUACCUGAGUCAUCCUCAACUCUUGGAGAGGAGGAACCUAUGUAUUUAUAUCGAAGCACUCUUGCUGCUAUGAGAGCCAUAAAGGGUCUUCAGAAAGCGAGCUCCACCUGCAAUCCAUUUUCGUUUUCUUCUCUUUUUACCAACCAAGAUGAUGAUAGUAACGGUGCCGUUACUGCUGAAAACUCGGCAGCGAAUUCUCCGGAUACCGUGCAAAAUGAGGAAGGCACCGGUAAAGAGGACACUGACUAA